AUGUGCAUUACAAAAUUAACUACUGCAUAUGUCUUUCUUCUACUUGUAGGAGUUGCUAUAUUAGUAGUAAUUUCAAUUGCAUUAAAUGCUGCUACUCUUGGUGUAAUUAAUAAACGGUUUGAUGAAAUUAAAAAUGAGAAUGGUCAAACGACUAGUAAAACAACGGUUUCAGCAGGACCAAUAACGACGAGUACAACUCGACCACCAAUCAGUUUUAAUUUGGUUGAUUCAAUUCGUAUUGAAGAUCUAAUGAACCAUCUUAAUGAGUUACAACGUAUUGCAAAUAAUACUGGCAAUACUCGUGCUAUUGGAACUCGUGGGUUUACAGAAACAGUUAAUUAUAUCUAUAAUUAUCUAGCUAACAAUGCUUCUGGUUUAAAGGUUUUUCGAGAACCAUUAUCAGUACAGAAUUUUACAAUUAAAGGAAAUCCAAUAUUGAUAUCAUCUAUCAAUGAUAUGAAUAAAACUUACACUUAUUCAACUAAUUUAGCAAGAUCCGAUUUCACUUAUGUCAAUUACUCAGCUUCAAUUGAUUUGACAAAAUUUAAUUUAAUAAUCGUUCCUAAUUAUGGAUGUGAUAAACUUGAUUGGCAAAAUGUAGCAGGUCGAGCAGCAUUAGUUGUAGUAGGAGGCACAUGUACUAAUGCAGAAAAAAGUGAAUUAGCCAAUAUAUAUAAUGCAUCGGCUUUGUUGUAUUAUAAUCACGGCUUGACAACUACGAGUCUUGCACCUGUUAUUGUACGUCUUCGUCAAGCAAAUAAAUUGCCAGCACUCUUUCUUUCUUAUGCGAUUGGACAAGAAUUAGUAAAUGCAGCUAAUUUAUCAAAUGUGAGUAUUUGGCUCGAUGUUCAACACGGUAAUAUUAAUGAAACCAUUAUUGUGGGUGGUCAUAGCGAUAGUGUACCUGCGGGACCAGGAAUUAAUGAUAAUGGUAGCGGAACAGCAGCUAUUCUAGUUUUGGCGACGAAUUUGGCUCGUCUCUAUCAAUCUGGAAAUUAUACUAAGUAUAGAUAUCGUGUUCGAUUCUGUUGGUGGGCUGCUGAAGAAAUCGGACUUGUUGGAGCAAUUCAUCAUGUUCAACAAGCUCAAAGUCCAUUUGCUUCUUCUGACUGUCGUCUUCAAGAUUAUCUAAUUAAUCUUAACUAUGAUAUGCUUGGAUCACCUAAUUAUAUGUUGGGUAUUUAUAAUGGUAGCUCAGCAAAACCAGAUACUCCGUCACAGGCAAUCAAUGGCAGUAUUCGAAUCACUGAAGUAUUCCGUAACUGGUUUAAUGGAAAAAAUUUACCAUGGGACUAUACUGAUUUUAGUGGUCGAAGUGAUUAUGGCCCAUUUUUAGCAGCAGGUGUGGUCGCAGGUGGGCUUUUUUCCGGAGCUGAUGAGACCAAAACAUCUGAACAACGUACUAGAUAUGAAGAAAAAUUGGGUCAAGGUCAAGGUGGUUUGGUAGGUGCAAUUCUUGAUCCUUGUUAUCAUAGAGCAUGUGAUACAACUGAUAAUAUUAAUCAACUGGGUUAUGAAAAGAUGGUUCAAGCAGCAGCGUAUAUGCUCGAAUUCUUAGGCCAAAAAGAUGAUUUGAUGACAUGGUUGUAUCCAAAUGGACGACCAAAACCUCGAUUACCAGAUGAAUAUUUUCCUAAUAGUGAUUACUUUCGAAAUAUUGACAUUUAG